CUAGAUCUACAGAACAUGUAUAUUGGCUUUGGAAACCAAGUGAGGCCGAUCCGGGAGCAGUGAAGUCAGUUGGGCUUGGCCGGAACAGUGUUCCAACAAUAACGCAGUCAUUAACGUUACUUGGCGUAGCGACAUAACUUUAUAACCCAAUAUAAAUGCAGCUAUAUAAAUAUCUCCAUCUGCUCUUCUGCUGAGGACGCUUCUAGAGAUAGCGUUAUCCCAGUGUUCAGUAUGGCAGACUGUGAAGAAGUGGACUGUCCAGUGAAUGCCCUGGCUCCCUCCAAGCUGAUAGAGGAAGUAGGAGAUACUUGUGCUACAGACUCUUCCAGUUCCACCACCACCCUGGAGUGUGCCAUCUGCCUGCAGAGCUGCAUCCACCCCGUACGCCUCCCAUGCUGCCACGUCUUCUGUUUCCUGUGUGUGAAAGGUGCCUCCUGGCACAGCAAGCGCUGUGCUCUCUGCCGACAUGAAAUCCCAGAGGACUUCUUGGAGCGGCCAGUCCUCCUUUCACCUGAAGAACUGAAAGCAGCAGCCACAGGGGUGAGCCGAAGUGUAGGGACAGGGGCCAGUUCCCGUGGAGACAAUGCAUGGUACUAUGAGGGGCGCAACGGCUGGUGGCAGUAUGAUGAGAGGACCAGCCGGGAGCUGGAGGAGGCCUUCGCCAAAGGCAGGAAGAGCACAGAGAUGCUGAUUGCAGGGUUUCUUUAUGUAGCUGACCUGGAAACCAUGGUGCAAUAUCGCCGGAAUGAGCAUGGCCGCAGACGCAAGAUAAAGCGAGACGUUGUUGAUAUCCCCAAGAAGGGAGUCGCGGGACUGAGGUUAGACCCUGAAUCUGCCCCCAUUCCUGCUUUACCAGUUGUCACCCCAGCUGCAACAGAACGUGUCAGCUCAGCUGAUGGAUCGGACACUGCAGGCCAAUCACAGUCUUCAUCCUUUGGGAUUAUGACGUCUCUUCCCCCUGUUAGACCUCCAACACUUCUGGGGCGCCAUCCUACCAGUCCCCUUUCUCCCUCACCCUCAACCCUGGAAGAGUCUUUCUCCCAGGUCCUAAUCAGCCAGCCAGAGGGUGAAGAGGUGGAAGAAGACGAUAAGCUACAGACGUAUGAGCAUGCAUCCGGCAGCAGUGAGAGUGAAGAGGAAAGGGAGUGCGAGAGAGGGACAGCAGAAUCCAUGCCACAGAGAAGACAUAGACAAAAACCGCUAAGAGAGAGCCAGCCAGCCAGAAUGCCUCCAAGAGGCGGGCCCUCCAGCUCUGCAUUCAGUCUCCGCUCACGUAGUCCUGAUGGACAGUGCACUGAGACAGAAGUGUGACUCCAAGUGGACAGUGGUAUCUGUUCCACAGAUGACAGUUCUUAAACUUUUAUCAGUUCAGCAAAAAAGUUUGAAAACUAGUAUGCAUCUUUAAAGGUCCCAUGAAAAGAAAAAUUCAUUUGUUAUGUUGUUACUUGUGUCACUGGGUGUAUUUUCACUACAUAACUCCUGGGAUAAACUCAUGUCCAUCUUUGUUGUCCUCCUCCCAGUAUUUUGUUUCAUGCAGAAAUGCCUAAAACAAUUGAAAAAGUUAGAACAUUAAAGCCAUUUCAAGGGACUUUUAACACAUAAAUCACACAACACAUACUGAAGCCUUUUGUUGAAGACUUCAAAAGCUAGUUUCAUCCAGCAAUACUGUUUAUACAAUGGUAGUUAUGCAUCGCUCUCAGCAACAAGUUAUGUAGUGAAGCAUAACACAGUCGUGUUUUCAGGCCAAAAAAAGGCGAAGACCAAAGACAACUUCUCGGUCAAUGUUAUCCAAAAAUCAGUUGCUGCCUUUACGUCAGUUUGUGACGUGGCAAUUCAAUGUCUUUAUAACACCCUCUGUGUUCUCUAAUCUUUUGAGCUCAUGUUUUUUUCCCUCUUUUGUAGUGAUGGUGUAAAAAUCAAGCUUAAAUGUAGCAUCUUCUGUACCAGUUACAGAAUGUUUAACCUGCUUACUUUUCCCUGCUUUGCUGAUUAGAUUUUUUUUUUAAGUUAAGAAGUUUUAAUCAGGACCUAAUUAAUAACUAUUUAAACUGGAGUUUGUGUGUGUGUGUGUACAUAUGUUUAAACAUAUGAGGGGAGAGAGACUGUGUAUUCCCUCUAUUUGAAUAUGAAUGUCUUGUUUUAAUAAUGGCAUGUGUUUGUGUUGUUGUAAGCGGUGUUGGGUGCUGAAAAGCUCCUGGCAGAACCACUGGAAAGUGUUAGGCUAUAUAUGUAGAGAGUCACUUUUGGAUUUCUAUUUCUUUUAGUACUCUCAAUAGGACUACUAUCAGAACACUGGCAUUGACAUGUACUUGGACGAGCUUGAGCUGUCCUCACAUGCUCUGUUUUUUUCCUUUUUGCUCCAGCUGCUAUUAUUUUUAUUGUCAACUUUACACUGUUACUGUUUUACGGUCUGAAUGAACUAAAACAAACUUAUGUCUGUAUGGUGUAGCCCCUGUGGUGCUGUGUCAAGUUAUUAAAAGUGUUUAUCUAUAAUUUAAAAUCA